UAAAAUGAACCGCAUUGUUUACCUCAGUAGUGAGAGGGUCGGCUGGGUUGUGGCUGGUCACGACGAGACACCCCUUUGCUGUAGUCAAUGAAAAACACUAUUUAUUGGGCCCUUAGACAAACUAUUUAUUUAUAAUGACGGAAGGCUCCACGCGUGGGUCUGCAUCCAUCCAAGAAGUAUCACAGUUGGUGUGGGGACCAAACAUCAGACCUGAGUUAUUUGCUAGAUGGUCACAAGGUUUUAUCUUUAGUGAACAUGAGAAAACGGCAUUAAUCCAAACAAGUGGAGGACCAUGUGCUGUCAUCGCCCCCGUGCAGGCCUUCCUCAUCAAGAACCUUAUUUCCAAGCACCAGUUUUCACAACUCAGGGAGGUUGACAGUAGAACAGUGGACCAGUACUUGGCCACGGCUCUGACGGAGAUGUUGUGCCAGUGUAAACAGCCGCCUACUUUAGCCAUGCACAUGGGUGACAAGUCUAAUUCUCCUACUCAUGGCAGCGAGAGUAAUGCUCCUCUCCAGAGAGAUUACGGUCCCUUUGAGGUAGCCUGUUUGGACGACCCCUUGCCACUGAAUACUGACUGCACAGGCUCAAGUCCACAGGAGCCAGACCAGCCGCCACCUACACCAAGUGCCAAAGAUUACAGUCUUUUUCAUUCCAGUGUUAGAUUAAGGCAGUUUGAAAGUGCCCACUCAUUGCAGAACCAUUUAGAAACUCACCUGGAUAAGUACAAAGCCAAGUAUGGUGUUCUACUCUUCCUCUACUCUGUCAUAUUGACUAAGGGUGUGAAGACCGUGAGCGAGGAAAUGGGAGACCUUGGCGAGAGCCUCAUCGACGGCAGCCAAGGUCAUGGGGGUCAGGGCCUUAUUAACCUCCUCAUCACUGGCCGAGCUUCGUCGUAUGUGUGGGAUGGACUCAAGGAUGUCGGUGGCCUGAGUUUGAUCGGCAUCUUAAAACGACCGUCGGUGGGGUUCCUGACCCGCCUGGAACACCUACGGUACGUGCAGGUGGGCUGGUACCUCAAGAACCCCACCAAUCCAGUCUGGGUUAUUGCUUCAGAGACUCACCUCUCAGUUCUGUUCGCGUGGUGCAAGAAGUUGGUCACCCCAGACUCGGAGGUUGAGCGAGCCAAGCAGGUCUUCAGCUGGUACGACACCGAGGGCAACCGUUUUAUUCAAGGAGAAAAACUCAAGGAGGUGUUGGAGAAGCUUAAUCUGUGCACUGAUGAUGACUUCAUCCAGUUCAUGAUGUUGGAGCUAGACCCAGACAACAUGGGCGUCAUCCUCUACCACAAAUUCGUUGAAACCUUUUUCACUCCGGACCAAUCGUAUGCCCCGCCUGACACCUUUAUUGUUUAUCAUUAUAAUGGGCUGGAAUCCUCGUGCCCACUGAGUAAGAUUCAAUAUGCAGAAGGCUGCGUCACGCUACAGGAGAGUCAUGUGGGCUUUUCUGCAAGUAAUUCCGAGUUCCUAACCUGCCUUGCAACUAAAUGGCCAAACCUCGACAUACAAUGGUCCAACUUCACGCCCUCACUCAACUAACAGCACUCAUACUUCUUCAUUCUCAGUAUUCUUCUGCCAUGUACCGAAUCACAAAUCCUUAAUCAACGCUAGUAAAUAACAGACAAGCGUAAAACAACAUCCUCGACUUUGUUAAAUAUUAUGAAAAUACAUGAGGUAGUUUGAGUUAUCUGUCAUGUAAAUUUGGAGAAAAAAAAAAAACAUUUGUUGAGUUGUAGUUUUUUUGGCAAGAUUUUCCACAAUAAAAGGAAUUGUUCAUUUACAUUUGGGAUUGAUGUUGUAGUUUUACUUAUGCUUAGAGGAAUCAAUAAUUAUUAUAUUUGUACAUACAUUCUCUCAUUCCUGUGUUUGGUACCAGUGGAUUGAUCUCAAGUGAGGGUACCCGGACUACCCCUUAUUGUACCGGUGAGUGAAAUCAUUUUACUUACCUAUUAAUGAAAACUUGGAGACUUUAUUUCAUGCAACCACACCAAGUAAAAUAAUUCUAACUUCACGUACAGUAUGUACAGUUGUCUUAUUCAGAAUCUUGGUCUAGAAUUUAGUAAACUAAAUUCAGCCAAUCUAUGGAUGGCUUUAAAUGUGUGUGUAUACAUAUAUGUUUAUGUACACAUGCACGCACAUCGUAUACGCAGUAUACUACUUAGUGUGGCUGUGGCAAAUAAUGUGAUAUUAUAUAAAUGUGCCUACAAUACUAAACAAAUCUGAAAGCCAUCGUCUGGACACUUAAAAACAUAUUUUGAACAUUUUAGCUAUUCAGUGAUAGACAGUAUUUGUUAUGCACGUUUUUCUCUUCCCAGCAGUGCUGGAUGUACGAGUAUAUGUUUUGAAUACAAUAGAACAAGACAUUUCAAACGAGCCAAACUUGGUAAUAUGAUUUAUUAUUAUACAAUACUGUACUGUACUUUGAAGAUAAUUUGUAAUCUCAGGGUGUCAAGAAUAAGUUAACUUGCUGUAACUUUUUAUAUAUUUGCCAUACUAAAUGUGGAAUGUCCACUUAUGAUCAAACUUGCAGCUGUGAUGGAGAUAGGGUUUAUAUAUACAUAUAUAUCAGUGCUACGGUUAAGAAGGAUACGAGAUGACGGCAACCCUCGGGUGAGAAGGGUUAGCUUGGUCCUGGCCUUGAUAUGAUGAGUGACUGACUCGGUGCACACCACAGCAUAGAACACCCCACCAAACCUGCCUGGCUGUGGGAUUGACCUCAAGCCUCCCAGAUGGGAGUCCAGAAUGCUACCAGCUAAGCUAAGGCACCCCAAUAGCUUUUUCAAAUGACGCUGCCAUCCGUGUGAUAGUCAUAACUGCUUGCAACCUGUGAACCUGUUGCUUCCACAUUGAACAUUCAGUGUACUGCUAUCCUCCUGUUACAUAUGGAAACCAAAGUGAUUUUCUGGGAGUAAAUCUUUAACAACUCUGUAGUUAAUCUUCAUCUAAUUUGUCUGCCUCAAUGUCUUCAUCUACAAAAUUAAAGAAAUAUACCUGGA